AAGCUGUUUGUUUGAGUGUUUAAGAACUUCCUUAUUCUUUGUCUGAAAUGGCUGCUAGCUGCAGGUGGAACAGCUUCAACAGGAGAAAUUGAGGAACCAACUCUUCUGAGAGGAGGGAGACCCCUGUUCAAAUCCUUCCCCCUGCCCUCCACCUGAGCAAAGAAUCAGGGAUUGAGCCUCUGCCUCCCACAUCCCAGGUGAAAUUAAAUGACUUGAAAAUGGAUUCAUCUUCUCAUGGGUUCCCAGUGACCAUUUUAGAACAAAUUGCCGCACAGCUAGGAUGCAGUCCAGCAGAUCAGAAACUUGCUUUGCACUUAGAUGAAGAAGAUGAGCUGAAACACCUCCGUGAAUGUUUCCAUAUUCCAAAAGUCAAGGAUUUACCUCCAACUGACUCAACUUUAGUGAAUGAAAAUGAAAGCUGCAUAUACUUUGCUGGGAAUUCUCUUGGACUUCAGCCAAAAAAAGUGAAAGCUUACCUGGAUGAAGAGUUGGAUAUGUGGGCUAGAAGAGGUGUUCAUGGCCAUUUCAGUGGUAAACACCCAUGGGCUUUAGGAGACGAGUGCAUCGUGGAGCUUAUGGCUGAUAUUGUGGGUGCUCGAAAGGAAGAAGUAGCCUUAAUGAAUGGCCUGACGGUUAAUCUGCAUCUCCAGAUGUUAUCUUUUUUUAGCCCUACUCCAAGUCGUUAUAAAAUUCUUCUAGAAGCCAAAGCCUUUCCCUCCGACCAUUAUGCUGUUGAGUCUCAGCUUCAGCUUCACGGACUUGAUGUGGAGAAAUGCAUGCUCAUGAUACAGCCACGCAAGGGGGAGGAGACCUUGAGAAUUGAAGAUAUCCUUGACAUAAUUGAGAAGGAGGGGGACUCUGUUGCUGUAAUUUUGCUGAGCGGAGUGCAGUACUACACAGGACAGCUGUUUGACAUCCCCAGAAUAACAAAGGCUGGCCAAGAAAAGGGUUGCUAUGUUGGCUUUGACCUGGCUCAUGCUGCUGGUAAUAUAGAACUUCAUUUACAUGACUGGGGAGUAGAUUUUGCCUGUUGGUGUUCCUACAAGUAUUUAAAUUCUGGAGCUGGGGGCCUGGCUGGUGCCUACAUUCAUGAGAAACAUUCCCAGACUAUAAAACCAGCUUUUUUUUUCGUGUUAUGUUUUAGGCUAAUAGGCUGGUGGGGUCAUGAAUUCAAAACUAGAUUUCUCAUGGAAAACAAAUUGCAACUAAGUCCUGGAAUCAAUGGAUUUCGGUUAUCAAAUCCUCCAAUUUUAUUGGUCUGUGCACUGCAUGCUAGUUUAGAGGUCUUUGGUCAAACUACAAUGAAAGCACUAAGAAGGAAAUCCAUUCUGCUAACAGGUUACUUGGAGUAUCUGAUAAAGCAUUACUACAGUGAGGAUAAAGCAAAUCCAGAGAAACCCUUUGUAAAAAUAAUCACACCACCUCAGACUGAGGAAAGAGGAUGCCAGCUCACACUAGUUUUUUCUGUUCCAAUCAAAUCUGUAUUUAAAGAACUGGAAAAAAGAGGAGUAGCUUGUGACAUGCGAGAACCAAAUGCUCUUCGUGUUGCCCCAGUUCCUCUCUACAAUUCUUUCCAUGAUGUACACAGAUUUAUUGAAAUCCUGGGAUCUGCAAUUACAUCUGCAAAACAAGCAGCAAACAAUGCUGCAACAUCCUGAUCUUAUUGAUGGCUCAGCUGUAUCUUUUAAUCUAUUUCUGACUAAGAUGCAUUUAUUCUUCUGAGCAAUUCUGUCCUUCUAGUAGACUAGGCUAUAUUCACUGCAAUUUGCAACAACAACAAAAAAAGGGAGGGGGGGUGAUUGAAUAGUUAUUUAUAUCAGACUGUACUUUUUAUUAAAGCUAAUAUUUCCUCUUGA